AGAGAGAGAGAGACACAGAGAGAGAGAGAGACACACAGAGAGAGAGAGAGAGAGACUCUCAACACUUAAAAUAAAUGUUAAUAAUAAUUAUGCAUUGAUGCAUGUGCAUGUAUGUGUUUAUAAAUACACACACACACACACACACACACACCUCCGGGGCUCCACCUGUCCCGCGUGGUGGCGUCCAGAGUCCCAGAAAGGAUUCGUUAUGCCAGCUAUGGCACGCGCGAGCGACGCGGCACCGGAUCCGCGUGCUAUUUUCACCGCGCAUUAAAGCAGCAGCAGCAGCAGUAUGGGGAGCCACGAGCUCCAGCCGUGCACAGCGGGCGCGAGCACCUCUCCCUCUCUCUCCGUCAUGAAGUCUACCGAGAACGAGCGCGCGGUUUUCCGCGGGCGCGAGCCUCUCUCGGACCCCUCGGACCCGGACAGCGGCAGCGAGAGCUCCUCGGAGAAGUGGACGGAGACGGAGGGCGCGGGUGUGCGCGCGCGCGCCGUCUCCGUCCCCGGGCGCAGCAGCAGCAGCAGCAGGCUGGUCGGUGUGAGCAAACAGCGGCAGGCGGCGAACGCGCGCGAGCGGGACCGCACUCACAGCGUCAACACGGCGUUCAGCGCCCUGCGCACGCUCAUCCCCACCGAGCCCGCCGACCGGAAGCUGUCCAAGAUCGAGACGCUGCGUCUGGCCUCCAGCUACAUCGCGCACCUCGCCAACGUCCUGCUGCUCGCCGAGAGCGGAGGAGACGGACCGCCGUGCACGCGACACCGAGAGGCCCUCGUGCACGGCGGCGGCGGCGGGGGCGCGCUCAGACCCAUAUGCACCUUUUGCCUCGGAAAUCAGAGGAGAAGGAUGCGAGCCGGCGAGAAUCCAGGUGUGUGAGAAUCCUCGUCCUGCUCGAGCAGCUCCAUGUUUACAUGUAAAGACUUUCUCUUCACCUCAUACGGACAGAACUAAAGCCUUGUUGUAUAUUUUCUUUCUUUUUAAAACUUUAAUAAUGAGGAUGGAAGGAGGAAGAAAAAUCACAUGAUGAGAUGCACUUUUUCCCCCUGCGUUUACAAACGUGUGUGUGUGUGUGUGUGUGUUUGCCCUUGUGUUUCUUGGUGAAUGUAACCAGAGCCAUGUGUGUAAAAGCAGCACCUGGCAGGAGGUUAUUUCAGAAGGCUGAACGAGCCUCUCCUUAAAAAACACCACUCUGUGUGUGUGUGUGUGUGUGUGUGUCCCUCAUGUGUCACAUGACAGUAACCCAAACCCGUGUGUGCUGCAGCGGUUGCUGUCAGUAGGCUAUGAUGAUUUAGGUUGCCAUAUUGGAUGGUUUUACACCAAUCUGUGAAAAAUGGCGAAUGUUCUACUGAACGCAGUAAGAAGGCAACAGGUCAGGGGUUAAUUACAGUUCACUGUGCUAGUUUUACACGUUUAAGCUAUUAAAUAGAAGACUCAUAAAAAAUGAGGCAGUGAUGCAGCCUGGAACUGAAACAGAUCAGAAAAGUCCCGAACUUGAUAUUAUAAUCUCGUUAUUAUUUCUUUAUGUAAAUGUCGACCUUGUUCGACUUUGUCCUGGUUUGAUGUCAUGGCACGCAGUCAAGCCCACGUACGAUGUACCGGCUGUGUCCCGAACGCUUAGCAGUUCUCACUAGAAGUUCUGCGUAAAUAACCUUGUGGAGAAAAGUUAGGAAUGUUUCAAAUGUCACGGUUCUAAAAAGGUGUAAAAACUUUAAUACAAAUAUUAUUUGUUUUUCUGCAAACUUUGUACAAAGGAAACCUUUUUUAAAAACGUCUUUUCAAGAACGUUGUUUUUAUCUGUAACAUCAAAUACUUUACGUUCUGUUAGUCUGUCGAACGUCUAAUUAGCGUGUAGUCUAUGAGAUUAGUGUUUUUUACGUAAAUCAACACAAACAAAGGGACACAACAAUGAUGCAGUGCAUUGUGGGUAAUAUACACUUCCUCAAUCACAGAGAAAAACACCAAGAUCAAAUAACCUCCAUUAAGACAGUUAGAGGUCCAUGUGUGUGUUCUUACUAGAAAGCUAAGUAGUGAUGAACUCGAAUGUUUGGGACGGAGCCAUUUUAUAUAUUAAUAUAAUUUUGUUUUAUGAGGACAUGUUGUUGUUAAAAUAUCCUUAAAACCUAAAACAGGGUGUUUUUUUUUUAUUAAUUAAUCUAUUCCAUACUUAAUGACACCUUCAACAAUGAAAGCCAUGCUGUUAUCAGGAUUUUCACCUUGACCUUUUGACCUUUUUCUGCCCUACAUGAGUUAUUUUAGUUUUUAAUCCUACAUGAUAUAUAAAUAAAUAAACAUUAUACAUUACUUUAGGUUGGUUUUUGAACUUGAAUGUCUUCUAAACCCUACAUGUUCAUGAAUCAACAGGAUGUUUACGUUCACUUUCAUGCAUUGCACAUUGCGUUGUUUUAUGAUGUAACCCGUAAUCGUAGUCUGUUCUUUCGCACAGAUCGCUACAAUAAUGAGCCGUUUGCACAGUGUGUAUAGGAGUGUGUGUGUGUGUGUGUGUGUGUCGUGUUGGCCUACCUCUAAUGAGCUCAGCAGGGAAAGUGUUUAAACCUCAACAUACUUGAACUUGUCCUUUGCACACGAGCUUCAGAAAGCUGCUACUAAACGACUGUGUAUUUUUUUUGUACAAUAAAAGAACUUUGUCUGUACUGUGUGUGAUCAUCUGAAAAUUGAUCUCGAUUUAGCUGAGAAACCAUUAAACAAUCAGAAAUAAACAUCAGAUACAGAGCAGAAGGAACUGGUCGAUGUGUACGCGUAUUUUCUGAACCAUAAGACGCAUUUAUGUACAGCAACUUACAAAGUGUUUGUUACACUGCAUUAGAUUUAAAGCUAAAAAGCAGACAGGGCUGGACAGUGGGGUGCCAAUACUUUUGCAGCACAAUGAGUAAAAGGAAAUCUAAUUAAAUA